CCUCACCUCCUCACAGACUUGUAUGGAGAGGAGAUAGUGUGCCUUUAAGUGAGUCACGAGACCUCGACUAUCGUUUGCACCCGACAUGUGUGGAAACCCAUCUAUCGUUGAGACAUGGAGUGCAUGUUGGGAAGGGUUGCUCGAGCAAUGAAUCAGACCAUCAUGUUUCCCACAUGGGGUUGAGAUUGGGAACGCAAUGAUCCUUUCUCUCUUGGUCACGAGGAAGAGAUGCCUUGAUUUUCAAAUUUGCAAAGUGUGGUGUCGUGCAUGUCAAGUUUAAGUUGAGGCUCGAAAAAUUGAGUCCUCAUUUGAAAAGUGGGAGCAUCACCAUGGAGUCCUUGUAUUUUCACAAGUUUUCUUUGAGUACCCCAGCUCACACGUGAAGUGUCUAGACCUUCUUAGUUGACAAGGUCCUCAACUGAGAGUGUGCAUGGCACGAAGAGAUGGAAAUAAACUUUACCCGACUUCGAUUAUUUUUUAGGCGCCAUUAGUGCAUACCAUUGUUUUUUCCCCUACAAAUUGUACUGAUUUGAGCAGAUUGCUUUGGGACAAGCAAACGUUCAAGUGUGGGGGGUUUAUUCGGGAUAAAUUACACACUUUUAUAUAGUUGCCUUGCAUCGUUUUGACUUGGUUUGCACCGUCUUUGGAGCUAUUUUAUGCUAGGUUUUCUCGUGUCGUGUCAUGUCAUGUUUUAGAGCUUAGCAGGCAAUUUUGGUUCCGGGAUCGAAAGUGGUAAAAGAGGGCGAUAAGGGAGCAAAAUUGACAAAAGUGCGAGGAUCACGGUUUUGGAGCUAUUAUUACGGGCGACAAACCGUGAAUUGGACAAGAAAACUAUGGAUUCUGCACACUUCCAGGAGGUUUCGUGUGGCCCGUAGGCGUUGCAAAGAUCACAAUAUCCAAACCAUGAAGUCAAUAAGUAACCCAUGGAGUUUGUUAAUAAAACGAUGUGUUUUGUGCCAAGAUAACGGUUUCACUACCUACUUCACAUGUGUGAUGUGAGAUCGUGAUAUGUGCACUCAGGAGCUAAAUAAAGGAGAGUGAGCUGAAUUUGAAGAGAGAGUUCUAGAGAGAGAGUGAAAAGAUCUUCUUCAAGCAUAGUGAGAGAAAUUUUCAAGCAGAUUUGGUGUAAGUCCUUUAUAUUGAAGCCAAUCUUAAAAAUAUUUGAUAACCUGCUUCCCCUAAGAUAUGUUAUUGUGAUUAAUUAACGGGUAGUAAUACAUGAAUUUUGAGGAAAUCAAAAUUGGGAAACAAGUGAAUCAACAAAUCACACAACAUUUACUUUGGAUGCUUCAAAAAAUAAAUUGAUUUUGACUAAGUACCUAGUUGAAAGGCCAUAAAAUACUAAAAUGGAAAAAUAAAGAGAAAAUAAACUCUUUGGUAAAUGUUUUAGGGGAGCCCGCCAAUAUCGCGGUGGAAAUAAAUAUUUUUUUUCAUCUAGUUUGGGUUAGAAUAUAAUUAAAUGUGUCAUCUAUGGCGAAAAUCUCGAUUUAAUAGUGAAUUUGGGACAUUGCUGGGAUUAUUAUGACCAUGAGUUGAGCGUUAUUCCUGGCCUCUUCAUCAACAAUAUAUCACCCCUCAACUUUGAAAUAACAUCAACACUUUACUUCAAAAGAAGCAAACCGAAAAGAAGAAAACAUCACCACUUUACUAACAUCCGCAAAUAAUAAUUCUAUUCUUCCUUCUUGCUCGUGAUCGAAACAAUAAAGAAAAAGGUUCUUGGUCCAAUAAGUUUGUUUUUCCAAUGCAGAUGAUGAUUUAAAUAAUCAAUUCACAUUGAUUUAUCCGGUAAGAACAAUUACUCCAGUCCAUGCUACCUGCAAUUACUCGAUAUCAAGUGGUAUUAUUUGUCUUUCUUCUUUUCGGAAUCCUUGAAACUUAUACUAUUUAGAAAGAAUUAUUUUUUGGAGGGCUUUAAUUAGAUACAUUUAAAAACAACUCAAAUCUCAUUGUUAAUUUCAUGAUUUGGAGUCUAUUUGUUUCCUUCCAACCUAUUCAAGUAGUAGCAUAGUAAUGUUAGAACAUCAAUCCCUUGCAGUUUACUCAAUUAAAUACAAAUAAUACAAAAUGUUUGAUCUUUAGUUUUAAUCAAAUAAAUAUUACAUCUUAUGCCAUUUGCAAGUAACGCCUUGCAGUUUACUCGACUCAUUACCAGGUCUCGAUGGCAGAUCUACGCAACCCAAUUCUUCCAGUCGCAGAUCCUGCCUAUAUUCCCAUCCCCGAUGAUGAUACCACCACCAAUUUGGGUCGUCGAUUCUCAACACGAAACUACUCCAACAAACUUUUGUCUUCCCUUUUCACUGGAUUGAUCCUGGUUGGUCUGUUGUUGGCCAUGGGAAACAAAAAAUCAACCCACACUAGUAUCCCUGUCGAGGAAGACAAGAUCUUGACGCAACCCCCAAUGUCUCGAGGGAAGCCAUUGGGUGUGUCCGAGAAGUCUAACCAACAAUUGACGAUGAGAGAUUAUGAAUGGAAUGAUAUGAUGUUGUCAUGGCAGAGAACAGCCUUCCAUUUCCAGCCAAAAAAUAAUUGGAUGAAUGAUCCUAAUGGUCCCUUAUUCUACAAAGGAUGGUACCAUUUCUUCUAUCAGUACAACCCAAAUGGUGCUGUUUGGGGUGACAUUGUCUGGGGCCAUGCUGUCUCCAAGGACUUGAUUCGUUGGACUCAUCUUCCAUUGUCAAUGAUUGCAGACCAAUGGUAUGAUGUGAACGGGGUCUGGACAGGGUCAGCUACAUUCCUUGUAGAUGGUAAGAUUGCAAUGCUCUACACCGGCUCUACAAACGAGUCUGUUCAGGUGCAAUGUUUGGCUUACCCCGCGAAUCAUGAUGACCCGUUGCUACUUGAUUGGGUUAAGUACUCCGGAAACCCGGUCCUAGUCCCACCUCCUGGAAUCGGGCCGAAGGAUUUUCGUGACCCAACAACGGCUUGGAUGACCUCGACAGGGAAGUGGAGGUUUAGUAUUGGAUCUAAAAUUCACAGGAAAGGGAUUGCUCUCAUUUAUGACACACAGGAUUUUAUACAUUACGAACAGUUGAAUGUUACACUCCAUGGUGUUCAGGGAACUGGAAUGUGGGAAUGCGUGGAUUUUUAUCCUGUUUCAACAACACAUUCUGAUGGGUUGGACACAUCUGCUAAUGGUCCAGACGUGAAGCACGUCCUGAAGGCAAGCCUCGAUGAUGAUCGUCAUGAUUAUUAUGCAUUGGGGAAUUACCAAGAGGAGACAGGGGAAUGGGUUCCCGAUAAUCCCGAGAUUGAUGUUGGGAUUGGAAUUAGGUAUGACUAUGGUGUGUUUUAUGCCUCCAAGACAUUUUAUGAUCCGAUCAAGAAAAGGAGGGUUCUAUGGGGAUGGGUUGGGGAAAUGGAUAGCGAAGCUGCAGAUGUAAAGAAGGGAUGGGCUUCACUCCAAGGGUUUCCAAGAACAGUUGCUAUGGAUACCAAGACUGGGAUUAAUUUGAUCCAAUGGCCUGUGGAAGAGGUUGAAAGUUUGAGACUAAGGAAACAAGAAUUCAAGGAUGUGGAGCUCAAGCCUGGGAUGGUUGCUCCCCUUGACAUCCAGUUCGGAGCUUCACAGUUAGACAUUGUUGCCGAAUUCGAGCUACAAAAAGAGGUGGUACUAAAUAGCACAACCUUCGAUGAAGAAUUCAGUUGUUCCGAGAGUAAAGGGGCAGCCCAUCGAGGCGCAUUAGGACCAUUUGGCAUUCUGGUAUUAUCGGAAGAGAGUUUGAUUGAGAAGACACCAGUUUAUUUUUAUAUUGUCAAAGCAAAGAAUGGAACUUUGAGUACUUUCUUCUGUGCUGAUCAGUCCAGGUCUUCUUUGGCCACUGACGUCAAUAAGCUAAUAUAUGGGAGUUAUGUACCAACACUGGAAGGUGAAAAGUAUUCAAUGAGGAUUUUGGUUGAUCAUUCGAUUGUCGAGAGUUUUGCUCAAGGUGGUAGGACUGUCAUCACAUCAAGGAUUUAUCCAACCAAAGCAAUCAAUGAGAAUGCCAAGUUGUUUUUGUUCAACAAUGCUACAGAGGCUGGUAUUAAGACUUCUCUUCAAGUUUGGCAAAUGAAUUCUGCUAAUGUGCCUGCAUCAAAAUCAACUAAAGGAGGUCCCAAAUUAGAUAUUGUCAUCUUCUUUAGCCUUUUAUACUUGGUGCUUAAUUUUGAUCAAUUUUGUGACAAGAGUCUUGGUUUUCAUUUCUGAGACAAUAAUAAUAAUGUGGUCAUGAGCAUAACGACGAACACAUAAUUGUUGUACUGUCAAUUCCAUCUUUAAGUGUCUUUUUAUGAAAAAUGGAUUAUAGAGUACCUAGUGUCUAUUUUUCUUUAUGCUUUAAUCUUGUUCGAGCUUCCGCCUUUCUGGCAAUAAGUGGCAUUUUCUCCCUAUUUUUAGACUAAUCUUUUAUGUGGGUCAUCAAUUCAUGAAGCGGGAGUAGGGAGCAAGGAGAGCACUAACAUUAUAUUAAUCUUAUUACAUAUUUUCACAAAUUUAAUUCGACAUUAGAAAAGAUAAAUGUUCAUUGUCAUAAUAUAAGGUUGAUCAGAAAAAUACAAAGGUUGUUUAACUUGGAAAAAUAAAGAGUGACAUCAAGCAUCACAAUACUCUCAUGUUCUCAAAAUGGAUCGUCCCAUUCCAUAUAUUGUUGGACUCGUCCACAAUGUGUACAACAAUGCACUUAUGAGAAAAAGAUUCAAUGGGCCCAAUUUAAAGUGGUAUCCAAUCAUUAAAAUAAAAAUGUUAUUUUACUUCUAAUCAAUGCUCCAUAGCUCUCUGAUAUCAGCUUACUUAAGCCUCCCAAGCCACCUUCACCCUUUUAAGUGCAACAUGUUUUUGUUUUUUGGAAUCCACUAAAAUUAUGUUCCACAACACUCUAAAGAAUACUCUAAAGUUUUGAUUUACACGGCUUGUCAUCUCGUGGAGAUGACCAAGAAAGUAGCCAGUAGUUCUAUAAUUUAUUAUUCUAUAGCUAUUUUGUUGAUUGUGAGUUAGAUCUAUAUUCUGGCUUCUUAACUCCUUUUAUAACCUUUGACAACGUUCAUGGUAAGGAGUUAAAUUAGGUUAAUUACAAAAAUUUCCAAAAUCAAACACCAUCAUCAACAAAGUCUAAUACUCCCCCUCAAGUUGGAGAGUGAAGCCACAAAUGCAAAGCUUAUAGAAGAAAAACUAAGAAUGCUUCAUUCCCAAAUCCUUCUUGAAGAUAUCGAUGAGAUGCAAUGACGUGCCAACCUUCAAAGGGGACACCUCUCCAAAAUCCAACUGAUUAUGGUCUCUUGAUCUCCAAAUGAUUUGUGUACUCAUGGAAUACAAGAUUAUAUGGAAUGUGAAGGACGACUUGAUUAUCACGGCUAUGUUGUGAAAACCACAGCUCUUGCUAGAGAAACAUCAACCAAAGUAUCUCACUAUGGUGGCUAACCAUGGCCCUAUACCCUACCUUAGUUGGCAGUCGAACCCAUAGUAGUCAAAAUCUUGAUUUUAAUCUUAAAAUUCUAAGAUUUUACGAUCUUACCUAUGAGUUUCGAUCCUGAUUUUACUACUAAAUCUUUGAACUUAGCAUCCCAUAAAAUCUUGAUUAAAAAUUGUAAAGUCUUUUAAAUCUAUGAUUUUGUACGAUUGCAAGGUCCAUCUCAAUUUAUCCAACAUCAGGCUGGUCAGAUCUAGUUUUGCAUGAACCAAGGUAAGUUCACUUCCCCCGACCCAACAUCAUUGACAACACAACCUUAACCCGACAAGUGAUCCUCAAUUAAUUUCCAUUCUUCAAUUCACACGCUGACACCCAACUUAUUGCAUUAUAGAUUUCAUACAUCACUCUCCCAAUCAGCUUGUUGUUUGUUCCCCCACCCCCCUCACAAAGAAUUAGCUUGUCUCCCAAACCUGGGCCUUUGUACUUUGCCUCUCGUUGGUUGAAUCCUGAAGUUCAUCAUGAUAAAGGAUUUUGAUCCGACCCUAAUGAUAUAUAACUAAGAGUGGGGUUGAAUGAAACUAUGGAAAUAUUGGCAAGUAUCCUCAAGAGAAACUUAAGAUCAUGGAACAACUGCCAUAAUUUUGCAAUGCUAGGGGAAUGAUUAAUUCUAAUAGAGCAAUGCAAUUGUUAGAUAGAAAGCAUCAUGCAUACUUGUGGAGUGAUUUAGGGGAUGAUGUUCCUUAGCUUCAAAAGUUUACUAUUAUUCGGAUUCUCAGCUUGACUUGCAACACCUUUGGUUGCAAUAGAAAUUGGAGUGCAUUUAAGAGCUAAGUUUUCUAUAAAAAAAUAAUUACUUCAUAUUAAUUUGUAUCAGAUUAUUAUGUUCGCUUACCUCAGUUUUUUAUUUUACGUAAAAUCACGAUUUUGAUUGUAUUGGCACCACCAUGACUCAUUGUUUCUUUGGCACACCAAGAGGCAGGCACAUCCCCAUCAGUAAUAUAGUAACCUGUAGUAGAAUGUCUCGUCGUCUCACAACCUGCCCACUCGAUGUCUCUAUUAAGUAGUAAAAUGAAGUGAGCAUGAAGCAUGCAAGAAGAUACCCUAAUCCGGAGCUUCCUACAAAUAAUGAAGCACUCGACUGACACCCUAAGCUUUGUAUAAAAUAGAUGAGAUGACCAACAAGUCGCGAUAUGAGCUAAGAUCAUUUACUCGUUCCCCACUAAGACGAGUAAUUGUGUGGCUUUGCUACAUGGGAAACCCACUAAAAUGAGAUGUGUCAACUCCAACAGUUGUCAGGAUGUCUAGCAUGUACUUGAACUGAUCAAAAUCCUUUGUGACUAGCCUUACCUUAUGUCUUUCCAUUUUUCUAGUUGGUUUGUACUUCACCUUGUAGACCCAUUUGAAAUUUAUAACCCUCUUUCCUAGUGGUAGUGACUCUAAUGUCCAAGACUCAUUAUCCUCUGAUGUCGUUGUCUCCUCCUGCAUGUAUUUUCUCCAACAAGCAUGUCGUAUGGCUUGGGAGAAAUGUCGCGGCUCAACCAAUUUGGUAAGGGCCAUAAGAAAGCACAAUAAGAGUGUAAGAAUUGAUGAUAGCUGACAUGAUUGCAAAUGGGAUGAUGAACAAUAAUAUCCAAAGAAUGAGGCUGAUUUACCUCAUAACAAACCAUGUCUGAGUUAAAUUGCUCUAUACUAGCAUCGAAAGGCUCAGUCUUAGCGAUUGUGAGAGGAGUCGAAUAGCUCCUUGAAAUAUCACCAUCAUUAUCCGUGCUAGCAUCGAUCAACGGAGAAUUUCUGGCUUAAAGCUCUACAUCUAUCAAGGCGGUUGAAUCCUCCAGCUUAUUGUCGAUGGAGUGAUUAGCCACAACUCCUAUAUUGUGUGGAAGAAUUAAGGCUUUAAAAUUUUGACAGAUGCUUGUGUAGCAUAACUCCCAUGCAAGCAGAGUUGGCAGUGGAUUGGAUUUAUGAAUUGGUGAAUUCAUGGAUUUCGAUCAAAUAGAUUGGUGGAUUUCAUGGUUUGGAUCAAAUGGAUUGUGGAUUGGAUUGAUAGAGCUAAGUGACAUCCAAACAUUGUACGAAUAUGAAAUUUUUGAAAAGUUUAGGUACUAAAAAUGUCAUAAUGAAAAUGAUAGGUACUA